AUGCCGAUUACGACGCGAUCGUGUACCACAGAGUCCCGCAUACAGUUACAGAAGUUGUACGUUCGCGCCAGAACUUUCAAUUGUAAUGUGGGCCUCGACUCACGCAUUCGGUGGGCGAUUGCGACCAAAAACAGCUAUCUUUGGUACGUUUCGUUUGCUUCGCAAUAUUUGCAAAAUUUCUUGAUUAUCGCCGGGAUGUCCGGCCCUCUCUCCCCUGCAUCACUGAUAUCCAAAGUCUCAAGUACUCAUCCGACUUCAACGCAAAAGCCU